CGCACGUAAUGAAAUAAAAGAUCUGAAAACGUGAAUAAUGCAAUGAACCAAAAAUACACCGAAAUAUUUUUUAUCGUCUCAUCCCAAAUAAAUAAGCUAUUUUUAUAUUAAUUAACUAAAAAGUGAUUUUCCUAUAAACUCGAUUUGCGCCUGCGAUUGUUGCCACACUCAGAUCAUCGCUGUUCUUCAUUGUUCAACUUUGUUUUACAUCAAAGCACAAAAAUGGAAGGGACUGUUUUCGCUCCUGCAUUGGAAGGAAUAAAGAAUGUUAAGUCUGAACAGGGAGAGAUUCUGUCACAGCCUUUCUUGGAAGUGUGCAAGCAGAUACUUCCUGUUAUAGAUAAGUUUGGAGCUGCUAUGACCCUUGUUAAAUCUGACAUAGGUGGCAAUAUAUCGAGAUUGGAAUCUAAAUAUUUAUCUAGUCCAGCCAAAUUCAACUACCUGUAUAGUUUGGUACAAGUAGAGGUUGAAACUAAAACUGCCAAGUCAUCAUCCAGUUGUACCAAUGGGCUUCUUUGGCUUACAAGAGCAAUGGAUUUCUUGGUGGCACUUUUCCGGAACUUAAUUGAGCAUACAGACUGGUCAAUGUCACAAGCCUGUACAGAUUCCUAUAACAAGACUCUAAAGAAGUGGCAUGGAUGGCUUGCUAGUUCAAGCUUCACUGUUGCGAUGAAGCUUGCUCCCGAUAGGAAGAAAUUCAUGGAUGUGAUACAGGGAGGUGGCGAUGUUAAUGCCGACAUAGAGAAAUUUUGUACCACCUUUUCUCCUUUCCUUGAAGAGAAUCACAAGUUUCUGGCUCGUUUUGGCUUGGAUGAACUGAAGGCUUCAUGAAGCAUGGAUUCAGUGUCUAUUGAUGAAUGGCUCUUGCAUGCUCACCCUCUUUAUGCUCCAUGUUUCUCUUUUGGCAUCCAAAAUAAUGAACAUGAUGACAAAAAAAUUCACUUAUAGUCAUUUACAUUACAAAAGACUUGUUUUCUGCUUGGUGGUAUGGAAUGUUGAGACAUAUGCAACUUUGUUUGGCAUGAAUGAAGUAUAUUUAUUGAACUA